CGACGCUGUCGACGUCUCUUUAUUUGACGUCGAAUCGUCGCAGCGGCUGGCUGUGUUAAAAUAUACAUACUAGACAAGUAGACUGCGCUGCCUGCUGCAUUCUUGGAACAAAUUUCACUGUUGGCAGCGACUGAGGAAUAAAAUUGAACGUCGACGUCGCGACGUUUCUUCCUCGAAGAAGACCAAAUCAAAAUAAAAACAAAUAAACUAUUAAGGGUGCGUGCGCGCCAAUUAUUUAACAACAAUUAGCAAACGAAAGAAACAAAUGCACACACUAAGUGCAGCCAUCGAAAUGGACAAACUGGAUGCCAACCUGGAGCAGCAGUUUGAUCUCAAUCUGAUUGAGGCGGUCAAAAUGAAUCCCGUUAUAUACGAUCGGUCACAUUACAAUUACAAGCAUUUCGUGCGUAAGGCGCAGACCUGGAAGCAAAUUGCCGAAACACUCGGCGUUAGCGAACAAAAAUGUACAAAACGAUGGAAGAGUUUGCGCGACAAAUUCGCGCGCGAAAUGAAAUUGUGCCAAGAAUCGCGCUGGCGCUACUUCAAACAGAUGCAAUUCCUCGUGGACUCCAUACGGCAGUACCGUGAGUCGCUGUUGGGCAAGUGCGCCAACGGCAGCCAGAAUGCCAACCAGGUGGCCGAUCCCACGCAACAACAGCAGGCCCAACAGCAAACCGUGGUGGAUAUAUUCGCACAGCCCUUCAAUGGCAGUGCAACCACAUCCGCCCAGGCACUGACGCAUCCGCACGUAGAACAAAUUUCAGAAAUAACUGUGACUGGCGAUGCACAACUCGCCACGGCUGUGGGCAAGGAUCAAAAGCCAUAUUUCUAUGAGCCGCCGCUGAAGCGUGAACGCAGCGAGGAGGAGCAUAGCGACAACAUGCUAAACACAAUCAAGAUUUUUCAGAAUAAUGUCUCGCAAGCGGUCAGCGCCGAGGAUCAGUCGUUCGGCAUGGUUGUCACCGAUAUGCUCAACACGCUGGGCGUGCGGCAAAAGGCCGAGGCCAAGGUGCACAUAAUAAAGUAUCUGACGGAUAUGCAGCUGCUGGCACAGCACAACAAAUACUAACUGUCGGGCCGUUUGUAGCAUUACCAGCACCACCGUCAAUUGCUGCAACUGCUGCAAUUGGAGAAUGUGCUGGACGCUCGAUGGUUAAUGUAAGCAGCUACAUAUAACAACAACAACAACAACAACAGCAGCAAAACAAGAUCCCAAAAAAAAAAAACAGGAGCCGCCUGUUUUUUUUUUCCUUAGCAACUAAGUCUUAAAAGUCAAACUAAAGUUUAAAAUUAGUUUUAGAAAGAGAAAAAAAAACCACACACACUUCACUUACAUCUACAUAAUAUACAUAAAACCGAACAUACAAUUACGUAAGCACAAACCGUAUAUAUAUAUUCUUACGUGCUUUGAUCUGUUGUAGUUGCCCCCCGUUCAAUUCUCUUACCCAGUUUGGAAGUGUACAAAAUGAUAGGAAACUGGUUCUAGAAGUAUAUAUAUAUUGUACGUAGUUUUUUGAAACAAUUUACAAAUGUUUUCCAAUUACUUUGUAAUACAGCGUAUUGUAUAUUUUUGACUACCAUUUAGUUUUAAACAUGCCAUCGGGUUUAGUUUUGUAAUUUGUAAUUAAGUCAAAUUGUAAUCACAAACAAAAACAAAACAACAACAUAAAAAAAAAACACGUUAUUUUAAUUUUUUAAGUUCUGUUGUAAUAUGCUAAAAACGCUUGAAAAUUACAUUGAAAGGCUUUAAUUAAGUACGACCCUUUUAAGAAAACAAACAUAUAUAUGUAUACACUAAAGCAUAUUACACAAUUACAUGAAUAUAUUUCCGCAUAUUUACAAACAUA